AAGCUGGAUACAUUUAGGAGACUACUGAACCCGAGGAACUAGGGUUCGUCUAAACUGUUCCAGAGCACUCCGGACCCUAAUGCUGGAUCAAAAACGCUCGCAAUGGACACCACGAUCCUACGGCUGUCAUAACCGAUGAUGUGCGCACGAUAACCCCAUGUAUCCACAAGGCGUACGAUAGUCUUCCCCCGCUAUAAAAAAGAUACCACCGUCCUCCAUGGAUGCGCGUUGCUCCUUCUUCCUGGACUUCCCCGCCUCUGUCCAAUUUUCGCUGAUUUUCUUUACAAUGUAAACUCUUAUCUCUCCACUUUUUGUUUCCCUAUUAGGGCUCAGCUUUUCGUUCAUAUCUGGAUUGAAUUCGAUGGAUGGAUAUUGAGCUGUGAUUUGAUCACUUUGUGAUCGAUUUGAAUGAUUCUCUUGCUUCUUAAAACUGUUUCUUAGAGGGAUCCAUAUGAAAUUUUGGGAGUUUCCAGGAUUUCAUUGAUCGGGAGAUUGUAGCUGAAUACCAGAAUUGGCUCUUAAAUUUGAAUUUGCAGUUGCUACAUCUGGAGUAUCAUUACCUUCUGCAGAAAUAAUGUCUGAGUUAACAAGUAUAGUGAAAGAAACUUCUGAAAAUGGAACAGAGCUAUCUCCAGAUGAUAUUGGUACUAUUGAGGAAAUGCCUGAGGAUACUAUUUUGUCACGACAAACUUCUGUGAACCUUGUCCCAUUUAUUGGCCAGAGAUUUGUUUCACAAGAUGCUGCCUAUGAAUUUUAUUGUAGCUUUGCAAAGCAAUGUGGGUUUUCAAUCAGACGUCACCGGACUCGAGGAAAGGAUGGUGUAGGUAGGGGGAUUACAAGAAGGGAUUUCACAUGCCACCGUGGUGGUUAUCCGCAGCUAAAGCCAUCAGAUGAUGGAAAGCUACAGAGGAACCGAAAAUCAUCACGCUGUGGGUGUCAAGCAUAUAUGCGAAUAGUUAAAAGGGCAGAUUUUGAUGUCCCUGAAUGGCGCAUUACUGGUUUUAGCAAUAUCCACAACCAUGAACUCCUGAAGUCAAAUGAGGUGCAGCUACUUCCUGCCUACUGCGCCAUGUCUGCAGAUGACAAGAGCCGGAUUUGCAUGUUUGCAAAAGCUGGGAUGUCAGUUCGACAAAUGCUACGGCUAAUGGAGCUAGAGAAAGGUGUCAAGCUGGGUUGUUUACCAUUUACUGAAAUAGAUGUGAGAAACCUGCUACAAUCUUUUAGAAAUGUGGACAGAGAUAAUGAUCCUAUUGACCUUCUUAAAAUGUGCAAGGACAAGAAGGACAAAGAUCCCAACUUCAGAUACAACUUUAAGAUUGAUACCAAUAAUAGGUUGGAGCAUAUUGCCUGGUCAUAUGCUUCAUCAUUUCGAUCAUACGAGGCUUUUGGGGAUGCAGUUGUAUUUGACACAACCCACCGCUUGGAUGCCUAUGAUAUGCUUCUUGGUAUUUGGAUUGGAGUGGACAAUCAUGGAAUGAAUUGUUUCUUUGGUUGUGCGCUUCUACGGGAUGAAAAUAUGCAUUCUUUUUCUUGGGCGUUGAAGACUUUUUUAAACUUCAUGAAUGGAAAAGCUCCAGAAACAAUUUUAACUGACCAAAACAUGUGGCUUAAAGAAGCACUUGCUGUUGAAUUGCCAAGGACCAAGCAUGCCUUCUGCAUUUGGCAUAUCAUAUCAAAAUUUUCGGAUUGGUUUUCGGUACUGCUUGGAUCACAAUAUGAUAGAUGGAAGACCGAGUUCCAUCGGCUUUAUUUUUUGCACUCGGUGGAGGAUUUUGAAGUAGGAUGGAGGGAGAUGGUCGAUGCAUAUGGGCUGCAUGGAAACAAGCACAUUGUCAGCUUGUAUGCCUUGCGUACAUUUUGGGCAUUACCUUUUCUGAGAUGCUACUUCUUUGCAGGAAUGACGAGUACAUUUCAGUCAGAGUCAAUAAAUGCUUACAUCCAACGGUUUUUGAGUACUCAAACUGUAUUAGAUAAUUUUGUAGAGCAGCUGGCUGUGGUUGUGGAUGUUAAGGAACAAGCAGAAGCAAAACAAAAGAUGCAACGGAAGGUCCAUAAAGUCUCUCUUAAAACAGGUUCACCAAUUGAGUCACAUGCUGCUACAGUUCUGACACCAUAUGCCUUUUGCAAACUUCAAGAAGAACUUGUUUUAGCACCACAGUAUGCUUCGCUAGCCAUAGAUGAGAGUUACUUCGUCGUGAGACACCAUACCGAGAUAGAUGGAGGAUCCAAAGUGAUUUGGGUCCCACAUGAUGAGUUCAUUAGCUGUAGCUGCCAUCAGUUUGAGUUUUCAGGCAUCCUCUGUAGACAUGUUCUUCGUGUAUUAUCAGCAAACAACUGUUUUCAUAUUCCAGAUCAAUAUCUACCUAUCCGUUGGCGUGAUGCCACCUCAUCACUUACAAAGCCGGUCCUGGUUUCUACUCCAGGGGAGAAUGCAGGGAAAAUCCAGUUACUCCAAUCCAUGGUUUCAGCACUAAUUACAGAAUCAGUUGAGACAGAGGAACGACUUGAUGUUGCUUGUGACCAAAUUGCCUUGGUCUUGUCUCGUAUCAAGGAAUUUCCUGGGCCAUCGCACGGCGUUAAUGAUAUUGCUUAUAAGAGCCCCUCUGACUCGUUGAUUCUUCCAGAAGUUGAAGAUUCUGAUGGUAUUGUUCAAAGUUUUACUGCUGGAAAUCCUCACGAGUCUUUAACUUUGGGAAAGCUGAAAGAGAGAAGAUCAAGAGACGGGUUGGAUAUCUAUAGGAAACGAAGGCGUUGCUCUGUCCCUUGCUGUGGGCAGUUUGGACAUGAUGAAACUGAUUGUCCAAUGAUGGGGGGUGAUGAUUUAAAUGGAGAUGGGCUAGGGUUUUUGUAGGUAAGUGCUGGAAAUGGCUAAUGUGUAAAGCAAUAGCGAUAUGGCAGUCCAUGUCCAUACACUCAUCACAAAUUUUUUGUCCUGGUGCAAUCCUAGAAUUUUUUUCCACCUCUUCUCAUUUGCAGAAUAUAUCUAAAAGCCUGAGCAAAAAUUACUAUAUAUAGUAGUUUGUCUGCCAUUCAGGACAGUGGAACUGAAUUUCAGGAUUGAGGGGAAAGGAAAAAAAUCCCUUGCAGUUCAUUUUGUAAUUAUGAACUAGGCGAACCAUAUCUUUAAUCAAAAAAGAAAAGAAAAGCAAAAUUUUAGUUGAUUA